AUGGGACAAUUAGCAGCGAAUCAAAAUACUAGGCCUGCAGGUGCUCUUCCCAGUGAUAUAGAGAAGAACCCUCAAGUUAAUGCAAUUACACUCAAAAAUAGGAGGGAACUAGAGGAAGUGCCAAAGAAGAGAAAGGACAAACCUAUACCUGAGGGGGAGUUGAUCCCUAAAGCAACACAUGAGUCAAAGAAAGAUGAUGCAAGUUCAGAGCUAGUGGAGGCUACAAGGCCACCCCCCAAAGAUUGCAAAAGAAGAAUGAUGAUCGCAUGGAGAUUGACUGAAUUUGAGACAGUCGCACUUACUGAGGAGUGCACUUCAAGGGUCCAGAACAAGUUUCCUCAAAAGCUUAAGGAUCUUGGCAGCUUCCCCAUCCCAGUGCGAAUUGGUAAUAUCGAUGUUGGGCGUGCUCUUUGUGAUUUUGGGGCACACAUAAAUCUGAUGCCCUUAUCCUUGUUCAAACAAUUGGUUAUGGGAGCUCCAAGACCAACCACUGUGAUGUUACAACAAGCUGAUAGAUCCAUAGCUUACCCUGAAGGAGUGAUUGAAGAUGUGUUGCUGCAAAUUGGGAAAUUCAUCUUCUCAGCGGGCUUCAUCAUCCUAGAUUAUGAAGCUGAUAAACAGGUUCCAAUCAUAUUGGGACGACCUCUCUUGGCUACAGGUGAUACAAUUAUUAAAGUGAGAGAAGAAAAAAUGAUUAUGAGGGUGGACAAUGAAGAAGUAGUUUUUAAUAUCUACAAGGCGAUCCAACUUCCUCGCCAUUAUGACGAGCUUUUUAUGAUAUCUGUUGUAGAGAUAGAUGAGCAACUUUUUGACAUGAGUGUAUAUCUAGAUGAUUCUCUAGAGAAACCACUCAUGUUGUUCGAUAGCUUGGAGAUUGAUGAUAAGGUUUAG